AUGCUUCUCCCACGGCGAGCGGUCAUCUUCCUCGGCGUCUGCUUCUUCUUCGUCUUGCUCCUCACAUCCCGGAGCCUCUCACGACCAUGGCGUGACGUGCCCCAAGUCAUUGGCCUGGGUGACUUUGUCUCCUCAUCAUCCAACACAACAGGAGCCUGGAACACGACCCGCGGCCACAGAAACAAGCUCUAUGCCCCACCGCCGAACUUCAUCCCCGGCACCCCCAAACCCCCGGGCUAUCAAUACUCCAAAGUGUUGGUCGUUACCCGAACCAAGGAGGAAGAAACCAGCUGGAUCGCCGAGGAGUUGCCGGAUUGGGACCAUGCCAUCUAUGUCGCAGAUGACCCCACAGCACCGCUCCACCCGCCGAGAAACAAAGGCCACGAAGUUAUGGUCUACCUCACCUACAUCGUUGACCACUACGACCAGCUCCCAGACGUGGCUGUAUUCAUGCACUCGCACCAAUUUGCCUGGCACAAUGAUAACCUCUUCGCUGGAGACGCGGCGCAGCUGCUCCGCCGGCUCAAUCUGAAUCGCGUCAUCCGCGAGGGCUACAUGAAUACUCGCUGCGGGUUCGGCCCAGGCUGUCCAGCCUGGAUGCACCCCGGUGCGCUCGAGGCAGACGAGUCGAAACAGGAGGAGAUCAUGCUGGCUCGCGCAUGGGGAGAACUAUUCCCCGACCAGGAGAUCCCGUCUGUCCUGGCGCAGCCGUGUUGUGCGCAAUUCGCCCUGUCGCGUGAUCGAAUCCGCUCCAUUCCGCGAGCCCGAUUCGUUUUCUAUCGCGAUUGGCUGCUGUCAACGGAUCUGAGUGAUUACAUCACUGGUCGUAUCUGGGAGUAUUUGUGGCAAUUUAUCUUCACCGGGGAGGCUGUUCUCUGCGUCGAUGAGAAUGUGUGUCUGUGCGACGGGUACGGAUUUUGUUUCGGCGGAAACGAGGAAUGGAAUAAUUACCGAGAAGCUGAAACGAAGAAGAAUGAGAUACAGCAGGAAUUGGAUAAUUGGAUGUGGUUGACUGACAUGGGCUUUGAUCCCCCUAUUGAAGAAGAUGGUCUGCCUGAACCAGAUGACCCCGAGGGUGAGAAAGGCAAUGAACUUGCCAAUCAACUUCAAGAGAAGCAGCAGGAGCUCGUUGACAUUUUGCUUGCUGCUAUUGAACGUGGCAAGAACCCUCAGUACCGUGCCCAGGAGGCUGGUCGUCCUUGGAAAGAGGGUGAUGGGUUCUAA